AAAACUUUGUUGUAGUUAAUAUGUAACCAGAAGAACAUACUUGUACUUUGUUUCCCCAAAUAACAGAAGCAGUUUACAGAACUCAUCUGGAUCGAGCCGAAAGGUUCAGAGUUCAAACCUUUCCGAGCUCCAGCUAUGGGAACCCACAAACUGGAAAUGCCGUUUAUUUUCUUCCUAACCUGCUUGUGCUACCUGGCUCCUGUCCAUCAAGCAGCGCCUCCAAACGUCACCAUCUCCGAUCUUUCCUACAAGAACAUGGACUUCGCCAUGAACCUUUACAGAAAAAUAUCCAGCCACCACGACAAGAACGUCUUCUUCUCUCCUCUGAGCAUCUCCACCAGUUUCGCCGCCCUGCUGAUGGCGUCUGGCGGCGUGACGCACCAGGAGAUCCUCAGGGUACUGAACUUGGAGCAGUUGGAGUCGGCCGCCCAGCCGCAGCUCAUCCCGAGGCUUUUCCAGCUCCUUCAGGAGAACAUCGCGCAGAACGGCUCUCUGAAACUGGACCAAAACAUGGCGCUUUUUGUCCGUCAGCAGGUGGAGGUCCGGAAUGUGUUUGAGGACAAUUUAAGGACGUUUUUCCACGCCGACGUUAAAAGCGUGGACUUUGCGGACACGAAAGGGAGCGUCAGUUACGUAAACGAAUACAUCAGGCAGAAGACGCAGGAUAAAAUUACCGAAAUGAUUUCCUCACUUGAUGAAACGACUCAGCUGCUGCUGAUCAACAGCAUUUUCUUCCGAGGUGCCUGGCAGUCGCCUUUUAACUCCGAUUUGACCAGAGACGCUCCCUUUUACAUCGAUAAUUACAAUAUACUGCAAGUUCCCAUGAUGGUUAAAGAGGACAAGUUCUACACUGCGGAGGAUAUUCCCCUGGGAGCCAGACUGCUGAAGCUGCCAUACCAGCAAGGCGUCUCCAUGCUUAUCCUGCUGCCAAACAAGGGUAUCGAUUACACUGUGAUUGAUGAUGAGAUCAGUGCCGAGAAGUUCCUGAGCUGGGUCAAAGACCUCCGCAAAACGAGACUGGAAGUCAACAUGCCAAAAUUCAAGAUGGCGGAGGAAUAUUCCCUCCAGCAUCUUCUUCCAGAUAUGGGCAUGACUAACCUGUUCGGUAGUUCAGCGAACCUUACACACCUCAGCAUGGAACCAGGCCUCAAAAUCUCAGAGGUGCUGCACAAAGCUGUGGUUGAGGUUGACGAGACGGGAACGACCGCGGCGGCUAGCACCACAAUCGGCAUCAUUCCCUACUCUCUGCCCAGGAUGUUCGUCAUCAACAGGCCGUUCUUCUUCUUCAUAUACCACGAAGUCACUAACUGCCUCUUGUUCAUGGGGAGAGUUAUUAACCCCUCCAGCAACUAGUUACUGCACUGUUUAAGCUCUGGAGAAGCCAGUUGAUGUAUUUUCUUUAAAACAACAUCAAUUGAUUGUGCUUUACAGGGUUUCAGUAAGUUUUUAUGUCAAACUUAGUUAAUCAAAUAUAGCCUAUUGAACUUAAAUCAGUAUUUUCCAUGAUUGUCUGACUUUAACACCUCUUUACAGCUACCAACAGAAGGUUUUGGUGAACUUUUAAGAUCCCAUUUUUAAGCCAAACCUAAUUAAAAACAUUCCCAUAACAAAUUAAGUAAUGGAUGAGAUAGUUUACAUUUUAGAGGUCAGCGGUCACUUCACUAAACAAGUUUUCACAGGAAUUAUGGACCACAACCGACUGAAUAGCUAAAAUCCACAAAUACUUGAGGGCUACUUCUAAAAAAAAAAAAAAGAAGAAACGUUUGUAACUUCAACUCAUAACCAAAUAUGCAUUAAUACACACAGUUUCACAUAAAAAUUAAUAAAAAGGGGGAUUUUUUGCGAAUAAUUUGUAGUCAUGUUCCGAAUUGUUAAUUAGAUAAGAAUUUUCUUUUUGCAAAUAAAUUGAAGUCAUGUUCCACUUAAAAAUAUGUAACCAUGAAGAAUUUUUUGUGAAUAAUUUGGAGUCUUGUUCCACUGAAAGAUUCACAAACAGGUUAUUCUGUAAAUACUGAACUGCAAGCAUGCCUGGCUUCACUGCCUCUAAAACAUUUUUUUUGUAUACAGUUAAGCCCCAAAUUGUUUAUGCACAAGACAGAUUUAGGUUUAAAGUAAUCUUUUAUUUGGACUUUACUCUGGUAGAAAAUUAACACAUGUGAUUGGGGUUAUGGCAGUGAGGCUCUCCAAUCUCAUAGACUUUGAGCUGAUCACCAAGGAUAAAUUGUGAAAAUACCAGUUAAAACUUUGCAAAAAUUGGUCAUCAAUUAUAAGAAGGGACUGAUUGUUGUAAAGUCAAUAAAGGGUUUUCCAUUAAUUACUGAAAAGGGUAUAAAUAAUUUUAAAAAUGCCGUUUUUUAAAAGUAUUACUCAUUUUACUUUGUUUUAUUAUCUUUUGAAAGAUUGUCUCCUAUUAUCUAGAACUGGAAAUAGCAUUUUUGGUUUCAAUAAAACAAUUUUAACUGUU